AAAUAAAUUUGUGGAAACUUUGAAAGUUUUCCGUUUUUCUAUUGCAGAUCGCAAUGGGAAACGAUUUUUUUGGCGUAUGCAUUCCGCUAGCCAAAGCCUUUUGCAUAAUGCCCGAUCUCGCCCCAUCAACUAGCAGGAAAUCAUUGCUCGAUAAAAUAUACGCUUUCCUCAUAUAUUUCCUGGUACUAUUUUGCCACAUUACCGAACUGUUUAAGCUUUACCAGAUUGUAACUGCAGAGUAUUUCAUACUUGAUGAAUUCAUCAGAAAUUACACGGUGACUUCUUUUCAUUUUACUACUAUUUUUAAAAUUGUUUUCAUCAAAGGUGAAAUUAGUAAAAGGGCGUUUAGAGAAAUAAUGGAAUUUGAAGACGCCAUUUACAAAUCUUUGAACGACGACAUUCAUCAACUGUAUAAAGCCUGCAUAAUUCCGGUCCAAAAUUCUAGAAAGUACUAUUUGGCUGGAUUUGUGCUGGUCGUAGCUUUUUAUCUUGCAGCUCCACUAUUUAGAGAUCCGAUUCAAAUUCAAAAAGACAACGAAUCGAUUCGAAUUCGUCAAGUGCCAUUAUCUUCUUGGUCUCCGGUAGAAGAACACUACUGGUAUGCUUUCGUUUGGACUGGAUUAACUGGUUCAUAUUUGACCAUUUUUUUUGUUACGACUGACCUCAUAUGUUUCAGUUUUAUAGCUUUCGGCACCUGUCGGAUCGAAAUUCUUCGGCAUUAUAUACGCAAUUUUAAUCAAUAUUGCAGAAAUAUAAUGCUGACCCACGGAUAUUCUAGGGAGGAUUCGGCCAGAAUUUUACAAAAAAAAAUUAUAAUUUAUCAUCAAGACAUCAUCAGUUAUGUAAAAAUGAUAAACGGUAGUUUAAAGAACUUAAUGCUGCUGGAUUUUCUACCUGGUUCGCUACAACUUGCCGGCCUGAUUUUCCAGCUAAUGAAAAACCUAAACUAUAUCCAAUGCAUUCUUCUGGGGGAAUUCAUCUGUAGCUUAAUUGCCAGAGUCUUCAUCUAUGCUCACAACGCCCACAACUUAAGUCAGAUCAGUCAGCAACUUGCAGAUGAUUGGUUCGAAAUCGAUUGGAAUGAUCUACCCAAAGGCGUGAAGACGAAUUUACAUAUUUGCAUUAUGCGCUCACAGAAAAGCCUUUGUAUUACUGUUGGAGACUUAGAUGUCAUUACGAUGAAGACUUUCCUAGUUAUUCUGAAAGGAACUUAUUCCUACCUGACGCUUUUGAUGACUAUCUAAAUGUUGGGUCUGGAAUGGACGAUGAAAUUAAGCACGCAUGACGAACAAAAAAAACAAGAGCACAAAGGCUGAACACUUUCAAAUACUUUCAGAGUAGUUAGAGAAGUCAAUAAAUAAGCACUUUCAUUGCAUGCCGGUUUUCUUCAAUUUUAAAGUAUAUAAUAGGAACAGAGCGCCUUUGAUUUCACCCAUAUUUUGAAUUUAAUCAAAUAUAACGUUUAGAAGCACAAGCAGCAGUGUUUUCAAUUUAAAAUAUUUUCUUCUUUUGCGGAAGAAGCUUGAGGU